CGGGCGGGGCUGGCCGGGCGGCCGGGCCAUGCAGGGCGCGGAGCCGGCGAAGCUCUGCUGAGACCUGGGUCUGCGCGCCCAGGGGCGGCUGAUGCCCCCCGCGCUCCCCUCUACGCUGCCGCAGCCAGGCCGCAUCUGGACUGGGCGCCGCGCGGCGGGGCCAACACCGGACCACAAUGCUGCUCGGGGCGUCUCUGGUGGGGGUGCUGCUGUUCUCCAAACUGGUGCUGAAACUGCCUUGGACCCAGGUGGGGUUCUCCCUGCUGUUUCUCUACCUGGGGUCUGGAGGCUGGCGUUUUGUCCGCAUCUUCGUCAAGACCAUAAGGCGUGAUAUCUUUGGCGGCAUGGUACUCCUGAAGGUCAAGGCAAAGGUCCGGCGGUACCUGCGGGAGCAGCGGACAGUGCCUAUUUUGUUUGCUUCUAUGGUACAGCGCCACCCAGACAAGACAGCCUUGAUCUUUGAGGGCACAGACACCCACUGGACCUUCCGCCAGCUGGAUGAUUACUCAAGCAGCGUGGCCAACUUUCUGCAGGCUCGGGGCCUGGCCUCGGGUGAUGUAGCUGCCCUCUUCAUGGAGAACCGCAAUGAGUUUGUGGGCCUGUGGCUGGGCAUGGCCAAGCUGGGCGUGGAGGCGGCCCUCAUCAACACUAACCUCCGACGGGACGCCCUGUGCCACUGCUUGACCACCUCCCAGGCCCGGGUCCUCAUCUUUGGCAGUGAGAUGGCCCCAGCCAUCUUUGAAAUCCAAGCCAGCCUGGACCCCUCGCUCAGCCUCUUCUGCUCUGGCCCCUGGGAGCCCAGCACCCUGCCCGCCAGCACGGAGCACCUGGACCCCCUCCUGGAAGAUGCCCCCAAGCACCUGCCCAGUCGUCCUGACAAGGGCUUCACAGAUAAGCUCUUCUACAUCUACACAUCGGGUACCACAGGGCUGCCCAAAGCUGCCAUCGUGGUACAUAGCAGGUAUUACCGCAUGGCUGCCCUGGUGUACUAUGGAUUCCGGAUGCGGCCCGAUGACAUUGUCUAUGACUGCCUGCCCCUCUACCACUCAGCAGGGAACAUCGUGGGAAUAGGGCAGUGCCUGCUCCAUGGCAUGACAGUGGUGAUCCGGAAGAAGUUCUCAGCCUCCCGGUUCUGGGACGACUGUAUCAAGUACAACUGCACAAUUGUGCAGUACAUCGGCGAGCUGUGCCGCUACCUCCUGAACCAGCCGCCCCGGGAGGCGGAACACCAGCAUCGGGUGCGCAUGGCACUUGGCAACGGCCUCCGCCAGUCCAUCUGGACCGACUUUUCUAGCCGUUUCCACAUCCCCCAAGUGGCUGAGUUCUACGGGGCCACUGAAUGUAACUGCAGUGUGGGCAACUUCGACAGCCAGGUGGGGGCCUGUGGCUUCAACAGCCGCAUCCUGUCCUUUGUGUACCCCAUCCGGCUGGUACGAGUCAACGAGGACACCAUGGAACUGAUCCGGGGGCCCAAUGGUGUCUGCCUUCCCUGCCAGCCAGGUGAGCCAGGCCAGCUAGUGGGCCGCAUCAUCCAGCAGGACCCCCUGCGGCGCUUUGAUGGCUAUCUGAACCAGGGUGCCAGCAAUAAGAAGAUCGCCAAGGACGUUUUCCAAAAGGGGGACCAGGCCUACCUCACUGGUGAUGUGCUGGUGAUGGAUGAGCUGGGCUACCUGUACUUCCGAGACCGCACAGGAGACACCUUCCGCUGGAAAGGGGAGAAUGUAUCCACCACAGAGGUGGAGGGCACACUCAGCCGCCUGCUGGACAUGACCGAUGUGGCAGUGUAUGGUGUCGAGGUGCCAGGAACUGAGGGCCGGGCUGGAAUGGCUGCUGUGGCCAACUCUGCUGGCAGCUGUGACCUGGAGCACUUUGCACAGCUCUUAGAGAAGGAGCUUCCCCUGUACGCCCGCCCCAUCUUCCUGCGCUUCCUUCCUGAGCUGCACAAAACAGGGACCUUCAAGCUACAGAAGAUGGAGCUUCGGAAGGAAGGUUUUAACCCGGCAGUUGUGAGAGACCCACUGUUUUACCUGGAUGCCCGGAAGGGCCGCUACGUCCCGCUGGACCAGAAGGCCUACGCCCGCAUCCAGGCGGGCGAGGAGAAGCUGUGAUUUGCCCUGACUCCCUCUAAGGGCCAGCGGGUGCUGGAUCCAGAGCCCCAGCUCCCACCCCAGAGGGGUCAUGGGCAAUGCUAGACCAAAGCAAGCAGGGCCCAGCACCUCCACCCCGAGGUGCUGACCCCCUUCCCCUCAAAACUGCCAAGUGACUCACUGCCGCCUCCUCCUGCCCUUCAUGAGGCUUUCUGUGAAAGCCUCAAGUCCAUGUUAAUGUCUUCAAGGCCAGGUGGGGCCACCAGGCCCCAGGCUGAGACAGACUGGGUCCCUCAGGAUGAUGUCUUGGGUCAGGGCAGGGGCAGGUGGAGCGUCGCCAAGUACUCCCCAGAGAGCAGGGAGCUUGUAAAAGGGACGAGCCCCAAAGCCCCCAGACUCAGGAAGGCAGCAGUGUGGGCAGGGCCUACAGCGGCUAUUGAUCAGGUGGCAAUGAGGAUACUGGCCCCAGAGCUUUUCCAGUGUCACUCAAGAUUGCCUGCACCUCCAGGACCAUAGGAGGAGGACCCCGACCUGCAGCAGGCAGCCUGGACUGAGUGCCCCACCACCAUCCUCCUCUCCUAGGUGGCUGCCUGGCCACCUCUUGGGCGGGACCUUUCUCCUUGUAGGUCUGUCCAUGUUUCUUUCUCCAUCUCAGUCCUGGGCUGGCUAUGAGAGAAGGGGUGGGGAGGGGGGCAUCGCUCAGGGGCCAAUAAACUGCCUUGACUCCCCCUAGCCUACCCUGUGUGCAUGCCACCUGAGCUCACCCCACCUGCUCGGGCCCCACCUCCUGCCCCUCCAGCCCAUUUACUUGUUCAGACUUAGGGAUCCAGCAGGUAAGAUGCCCUCAGUGAGUUCACAAGGUAUUUAAAUAGCAUGAACUCGAAAGUCCAAAGCAGCUGUAUCACUUCUGAGUUUGUGGGCUAGGGCAAGUGACUCAGUCUCCCCAUCUGAGUCAGGAGGAUUCAGAGAAUACAGGUACACAUUUUGAGGAAAGGGCCCUUCAGAGCUUUUGAGGGAGAAAACCCUGACCCAGGGGCAGAUCCCAUCUCCAGAUGCUUGAGAGUGCUGUUCCCUUUGCCUGGGGUACAUAUCACCAGGGUUCUGGGGCUGUGUGAGCCAGAGCAGGGCUGCCUGACCAACUCUGGCAGAGUCCAGAAAAGCUCAGUGAUGUUCCCGGGGCUGAGGCACCAGCAGUGCCCGUGGAGAGCCAGCUGUCUCCUAGGCCCCAUCGCUGGAGUCACACCCAGGCUGGAAACGCACAGCCUGUUGGGAAAGGGAUCCAACCCAGCCUAUGGCAGUUAUCUUCGCUAUGUAAGCUUCCCCAGGGUCUGUCACUUGCCAAGGUCACACAGCAGGGGAGUGGGGGGGGAGGGGCUAGAAUGCAAACCGGAGCCCCUGUUGCUUCCUGCUGCCCCACUGCCUCCUGGUGCAGCAGGCCAAGGCAAAGCCGAAAGAGCUUCCAUUCCACCCAUGCCUGUGGAGCCAACUGUGGGCCCCACCCUAGGCCUGCAGCUGAAGGCCCAGUUGGAGGGGGCCGGGAUGAGAUUUAGGAUGCCCCCUGGGGGAGUGACUUUGAUUCAGAUAGAGGAGUCUGAUGCUGCUCUUGGGGGCCAGUGGGAGGCAGAGCUGGAGUAGAGCCCUUGGAGAGGUGCUGAAGGGGUUUAAGGCGGAGGGAGACAGUCACGGCUGCAGUGUCCCAGUGUGGCCAGCAGAGGGCAUUCAGAGCUUGGAGAAUCCUAUCUUGGCUCUGAGCGCUCAGCCUCCAACAAAAGUGGGAAGGAGGGGCUGAGAUCUGGCCCAGGCAGGUACCCAGGCCAGAGCGCCCCAUGGCGGGACUUUGAGGGCCCAGGGUCAGACUUCUAAGGUGCUGGACCUGACUGACAGCAAGGCUUUGUGUCUUUAAUCCUUCGCAGGGAGUGAGUGCUUUCCAAUGGGCUAGUGCCCACCCCACCCCCGACUUGGGUGGAGGGGCAUCCUUCCUUGAGGUUCGACACAACUACCAAAAGGCAGUAUACCGUGGCAGUUAAAAGCUCCAGCUUGAACAGAUGUAUUCAAGUCCAUUCACCAGGCUAAGCCUCAGUUUCUUCUGUAAAUGGAGAUCUCGGAUAGCUGUGAACAUGCAUUGUGCCUGGAGAUCUCUAAACACGCAGUCUGGUGCUGCUAUCUGCUCAGUAUGUAGCAGUUACAAGAUUUAAAAAAAAAGAAGAUAUAUAUUCAGGUGUCAAGACCCCAGACUAGGCCUGAGUUGACCACUUCCACACUGUUCCCCCUACCCCUGAAGGGCCUUGGGAGCUCUAGCAUCUGCCUCUGGUCAUCCUCAAGCACCGCUGUGUGAGUCAUUAUGGAGUAGAUGCUCAAUAUGUGCUUGUGAGGUUAA